CAGGACUGCUGGCAGGGGUGACAGCCGCCUUCCCGCCACCCCGGGUCGAUAACCGGGCGGCCAAGGCUCUCUGUGGGCUGGGACACCAAUGGGCGGCUGCAGCAGCGGGAGAGGGAGGGGAGCACUGGAGGCUCUGGUUAAACUGGAACGAGGCGCGGCAUCCGCCCGCGGUCCCUGCCCUGGGGACUCUGACCCCGUGGGCUGGCGAGGGGAGCUGAGGCAGGCGGUGACAAGCAGCCCCACAGCCACUGGGACGGAGACGGAGAGGGCAGAGCAGGAUGGAUCCAACCUUCGAGCUGGCAGAUGACCCCAGAGCUGGACAUGGCCCAACUCGCCAUCAUGGGCCUCUGCACCAUCAUGACGCUGCUGUCAGUUGCAAUCUUUGUGGAACAGGCUUUCUACCUGACCCACAAGAUCCGCUGCCCCAUCAAGAUGAAGACCCUUCGCUGGAGCAGCUCGGCCCCUACGGUUGUGUCUGUGGUCAGCUGCUUCGGACUGUGGUUCCCGCGCUCCAUGAUGGUGGUGGAGAUGGCUACCACGACGUACUUUGCCAUCUGCUUCUGCCUCAUGAUGAAGGUCAUGGUGGAGGGCUUUGGGGGGAAGGAGGCAGUGCUCAGCACCCUGAAGGAUGUGCCCAUGGUGGUCAGCACUGGGCCCUGCUGCUGCUGCUGCCCUUGCCUGCCCAAAAUCACCAUGAACAGGAAAAAGCUUAAACUGAUGAUGCUGGGGACUUUCCAGUAUGCCUUCUGCAGGGCAGUUGCUGUCUUCCUGGGGCUGGUCCUGUACGCCGAUGGGAAUUAUAACCCUGCUGACAUUUCAGCGGAGAGUGUGGCCCUCUGGAUCAACACCUUGGUUGGUGCCUCUACCCUCUUCGGGCUGUGGGCCCUGGGCAUCCUCUUCCGGCAGGCCCGGCAGCACCUGGCUGAACAGAACAUCCAGGGCAAGUUCACCUGUUUCCAGCUCCUCCUUGUCCUGACGGCACUGCAGCCUGCCAUCUUCAGCAUCCUGGCCAACGGCGGCAGCAUCGCCUGCUCGCCGCCCUUCUCCUCCAAGGCCAGAUCGCAGCAGAUGAACUUGCAGCUGUUGAUCCCACAGACCUUCAUCCUGGCAGUGCUGACGCGGAUGUACUACCGCAAGCAGGAUGACAAGCCGGGCUACCAGCCCGUCGGCUUUGCACCUGCAGGCACUGACGUCAAGCCGUGAACGGGAGGGAGAAACUGGGGUGCCAAGGGGCAGAGUGGGGUGAGGGGCUGGUCUGCCCUGUACAACCAUCUCCUCCCCUGGCCCUGGGGAGCUGCAGGCAGCAGAGGAGGCUGAAGGGGAAAGAGCAUCUUGGGACCGAGUGAAAGGGUCUGAAUCCUGAAAGCCACAAGCCAAGGGGGUCAGUGAAGCUGCCUCCAGCACGGGGGCUCUUGUCUAGCACUGAGUAAAAGGUGAAUUUGUACUUGA